AUGCGCUUACUUGCACCAUAUUCUCCGUCACGCGCCGCGUCUCAAGGUUCGUGGAGUCAUUUAGACGGCCUCUCGCUGGCCGACUCAGACCCAGCAAGCGCUGCGCCGAUUGAAGUUAUCAUCGGUGCCGAUCUCUACGGUGAGAUUCUCCUCGAUGGCCGUCGGAAAGGAGAAUUCGGUCAGCCUUACGCGCAGAACACCAUCUUUGGAUGGGUACUCUCCGGACCGACGUCCUCUUCGCCGUUCCUCUCGUCGGCAUCCGUUCACUGUUGCUCGCAAGUAACGUGCUCACGCGGUAACUCGCCCACGCUUGAUCAGGCAUUGAGACGAUUCUGGGAAGUGGAGGAGAUUCCGCGGAAGGCGGUGCUCACUCCGGACGAAUUACAAUGUGAGGAGCAUUUUCUCACAACGCAUUCGCGUUGCUCUGAUGGGCGGUACAUCGUCCGUCUACCAUUCAAAAACGGUCUGCCGAUCGAAAUCGGAUCAUCUCGCGGCACAGCUACUCGCUGUCUUAGCAGCUUACUCCGUCGAUUUCGAAAAUCGCCGGAUCUUCAAAAGGAGUAUUCGGAAUUUUUGCGCGAAUAUGAAGAGAUGGGUCACAUGCGGGAAUCCCCUCCGCUCUCUGAGUCGUCUCAAUGCGUAUUUAUUCCCCAUCAUCCGGUUAUCUGCGACGGAAGUAGCACUACGCGUCUCAGUGUAAUAUUUAAUGCGUCGAGUGUUACCUCCAACGCGACCUCGCUCAAUGACCAUAUGUUAGCGGGACCAAAGCUUCAGACCGAGUUAACUGCGGUUAUUUUGCGUUGGCGUUAA